GCGAGAAGUGUACCCCCUGUACUUCUGAAUCUGCGUUGCUCGUUUCUGACAUACGUGCUCAAGUUUGGGUACCUGACGCAGCUCCUCUCGGAUUCUAACUACCUUCCCCUUGCUCUUAGGCUACUCAACCAACAAGACUUCAUUCAAACUGUAACUACCGAGAUCGAUCACAAGGAUAUAUGCUUUCUCAACUUCCGCAAUCUCCACUCCUACUCCAACCCA